GAGGAAGCUGAGGAGGACCACAGGAGGAGGAGAGCAGAAGAAGAAGCAUCAUCCUCAUCAUCAUCAUCCGAGCAAGAAGAAGAAGAAGAAGAAGGGGCAGAAUCCAACACCUGCUCGUAAUCUCCAGCAGCCGCUCAGGACUCAUCUGGCCCCUAAAGCCCCACCAGCCCGUUAUCAUGAACUACCUUCGCCGGCGCCUGUCAGACAGCAGCUUCGUAGCCAACCUUCCCAACGGCUACAUGAUGGAUCUGCAGAGGCCGGCCCCCACUGGUUCCUCUACUUCGUCUCCCGCCUCCCCCGCCACAGAAAGGCGUCAGCCGCCCACCCUCCCGAGUCAGACCCAGAGUUCAGCUCCAGGCCCGGCCUCGGUGCCGGCCUCAGCAGGAGGGAGCUUCCUCAGCUCCUUCUCCAGCGUGGUGAAGAGCGCACAGAUGGCCCAGAACGUCGCAGCCGCCGCACACGCUAAGGCGGCCGCAGACACAGCGGCUGAAGGGGCCCCAGCAGGAGCCACGCAGCCUGCCAAGCCUGUGAUACGCAAACCCAAGAUCCUGCUGGUGAUCGAUGAUCAGCACACUGACUGGGCCAAGUAUUUUCGGGGGAAGAAGCUGAACGGCGAGUAUGAGAUUCGAGUUGAGCAGGCGGAGUUCUCAGAGAUCAACUUGGCCUCUUAUGUCAACUCAGGAUGUAUGGUGGACAUGCAGGUCAACAAAGGCGGCUCCAAAGUUGUCAGGUCCUUUAAGCCAGACUUUGUCUUGAUUCGCCAACACGCCUACAGCAUGAUUCCUGGCGAAGACUUCAGAAACCUUGUGAUCGGCCUGCACUUUGGUGGCGUCCCAGGUGUCAACUCUCUCUUCUCCAUAUACAAUUUCUGCAGCAAGCCUUGGGUGUUUUCUCAUAUGAUCAAACUCUACCAUUCCCUCGGCCCAGAGAAAUUCCCUCUGAAUGAGCAAACCUUCUACCCAAACCACACGCAAAUGAUCACAACCCCUUCAUUCCCGGUGGUUGUCAAGAUGGGUCAUGCUCAUGCAGGCAUGGGGAAGAUUAAAGUGGAAAACCAACAGGACUUCCAGGACAUCACCAGUGUGUUGGCCCUGGCGGGGACCUACGCCACCACCGAGCCCUACGUCCAGUCCAAAUACGACAUCCGCAUCCAGAAGAUUGGAAACAACUACAAGGCUUACAUGAGAACUUCAAUCUCUGGUAACUGGAAGGCCAACACCGGCUCCGCCAUGUUGGAGCAGAUCGCGAUGACGGACAGGUAUCGCAUGUGGGUGGACUCCUGUGCCGAGAUGUUCGGUGGUCUAGACAUCUGCGCCGUGAAGGCUGUCCACGGCAAGGAUGGCAAUGACUACAUCAUCGAGGUGAUGGACAGCUCCAUGCCUCUGAUCGGGGAGCAUGUGGAGGAGGACAAGCAGCUCAUUACAGAGCUGGUGAUGAACAAGAUGGCCAAGGUGCUCCUGGGAGUCGUCACGUCUCAGACCUCUGCUGUCAAGACUUCCCAGCCCAGGCGAGGUGGACACCGCUCUGCUUCCGCCUCUCCGUCCCAGUCGGCCCAGGGCUCCCCUCAGAGAGCCCGCUCUGCCUCCACCUCUCCCAGCCAGGCCUUCCAGCCCGGACCCAUCCCCGCCUCCUCCGGGCCUGGAGCUCAGAAACAGUUGCCUCAUUUGAACAAGUCCCAGUCACUGACCAACACAUUCACAGAGACGUUACGGGGGAACGUGACGGAUGACGAAGCCAAGGCCGAGACCAUCCGUAGCCUCCGGCAGUCCUUCGCAAGCCUCUUCUCUGAUUAGAGCCUUUCUAAGGCAGAGCUCCCCCUGCUGGAUGUCAGAUCAAAGACAUAAAAAAGAAAAAAAAAAAAAAAGAAACAUCUUCAUCCGUAAAAGCGUCUCCUCUCUCUUCCAAGCUUUGUGGUUUUUCUUUGCUUUGAUCAUCU